AUGGCAGCCGUCGCCCUCAACGGAAACGAUCCCAAUGGAAACCCUCCUAAAACAAAAGGUCUUACCCGUGGUCAACUGAAGCGGUUGAAACAAAAGCAGAAACCCAAGCGACCAACGACGCACUCCAACAUCAACGGAGUAUCCUCGCCUAAGAACGAUACCGAAGGUUCAGCUGAUCAACGAGAUGAGACCAAGGAGGAUGAUAAAACCGAUAAUCUGCAUUCUUCAGCAUCGUCAGUAAUCGAUGAUGUACUAAUAGGUACAGGUGACCUGGAUAACCCUACUCGUGAACUUUUUGCCGACGUCUUUGCAAAAUUCCAGCCUACCGAUCAGGAUGCUUCCGCCAUGGAGGAAGAAAAAUCCGAAGAUCCUGGCAAAGGCCAAGUGAUUUAUUCUGAUGAUGAAAUGCCUUCUGAUGGUGAUUCAGAUGCACCGAAGCCUGACGUUUCAAAGCGCAAACAACGUAAAAUGGCACGACUAACUGUAGCCGAACUGAAAAGAUUAGUCAAGAAGCCGGAAGUUGUCGAAUGGGUCGAUGUCACAGCUCAAGAUCCGAAAUUAUUGGUCCAGCUGAAAAGUUAUCGAAACACUGUACCGAUUCCGAUACACUGGAGUCAAAAAAGGGAUUACCUGCAAGGCAAACGAGGGAUCGAAAAACCCGCAUUCCAGCUUCCAAGUUACAUUGCCGACACUGGGAUUGCGACACAACGCGAUGCUAUCAAAGAAAAAGAGUCCGAGCAAUCCCUGAGACAGAAAACCAGGGAAAGAGUUCAGCCCAAGAUGGGCAAGAUUGACAUUGACUAUCAGAAGUUACAUGACGCCUUUUUUAAGUACCAAGUACCCCCAGUGAUGACCAAGUUUGGUGAAAUGUACCACGAAGGCAAAGAAUUCGAAACAAAAUUAAAAGAAAAACGGCCGGGUGAUUUAUCCGAAGAUCUGAAGGAAGCUCUUUCUAUUCCUCCCCUGGCUCCUCCUCCCUGGCUUAUCGCAAUGCAACGAUAUGGCCCACCUCCCAGUUACCCAAAUCUCAAAAUUCCCGGACUCAACGCACCGAUUCCCGACGGGGCACAAUGGGGCUAUCAUCCUGGUGGCUGGGGCAAACCACCCACCGACGAAUUCGGGCGCCCAUUGUAUGGGGAUGUAUUCGGCCAAGCUCCCAAGUUUGACACCGACGCGUACGGGGAACCCGUUUCAAAAGAGCUGUGGGGUGAAGUGCAAUCAGACGAGGAAGAUGAAUCUGAGGAGGAAUCGGAAGAAGAUUCGGAUGGCGAAGGAGCCGGACCAUCCGGCGAUGGAACGCAGACUCCAACAGGUCUGGAGACACCAUCUGGACUUGCCUCGAUUACUUCGACCGUUCCUGGAGGACUAGAAACGCCAGACUUUAUUGAAUUGCGUAAACGCCGCGAAGGUACCGGUGCCGUGGAACCCGAAGCUGACAAUGGGCCUAAAUCAUUGUACCAUGUUAUACCCGAAAAGGAGACGAAAAUCACUGGCUUCAUGGGCAGUGACCGAGUUUACGAUGUUCGUGGCAUUUCGCAACAUGGACACAACGUAUCCAUGCUUGGACAAGAAGACAGAGGAACGAAACGCAAAGCAAAUGGAGUGGAUGUAGCGUUGGACCCCUCCGAACUCGAAGGACUAUCUGAGGAACAACUGAGACAGCGGUACGAAGAAUCCCGACAAAGAUCCAGUGGAGGCGGGGUUGGCAAUCAACAAGGUGGCCGAGAGGAUCUUUCGGAUUUGGUCGCCCAAGAAUCUGCCAAACGUAAAGGGAGAGCAGAUGGCACUACAAAUCCCAAAAACCGGGAUCGCGAGAAAGAGAAGUUUAAAUUCUAG